AUUAGACUCUCUCCCAUGAAAUAACUUUAAUAAAUACGAUAUUUGAAUCUUACCUUCAAAAGUUGUUUUUUUAUGUUCGUAAUGCAUAUGCUUGAGCAGGUAUUUCAGGGUCAUGGCGAUUCAUUGGAUGCAAAUGGAGAUAAGCUACCACGUUUAGUUUAUGUAUCUCCUGAAAAGAGACCAGGAUUUAAUCACCAUAAAAAGGCUGGUGCCAUGAAUGCUCUGAUACGUGUUUCAGGAGUAUUAUCAAAUGCUCCUUUCAUUUUGAAUAUGGAUUGCACACAUUAUAUAAACAGCAGUAAAGCUUUAAGAGAAGCCAUGUGCUUUAUGAUGGAUCCCACAUCAGGAAGAAAGGUUUGCUUCGUGCAGUUUCCAUACAAAUUUGAUGGGAAUAAUCAAAAUGACAGCUAUUCGGAUCGUAUAGUUUUCUUCAAUAUUAACAUGAAAGGUCUUGAUGGGAUCCAAGGACCAAUCUAUUUAGGCACUGGAUGUGUUUUCAGAAGGCAAGCUAUGUAUGGAAUUGAAGCUCCGAUAAAAGAAAAGCACCCGAGAAAUUCAUGUAAUUUUUGGACAAAAUGGUGCUUUCUUUGCAGUCCAGCUAGAAUAACAGGUAAAAGAAGACAUAAAAAUAAGGAAAAUAAGAAAUUCCUGAAGCAGAAUAGGGAGAUAUCUGCGCAAGUUCAUUCACUUGAGACCAUCCUAGAGGAAGUUGAAGGUGAAGAUCUAGAGAUGUCUUCCUUAGUGCCUUUUGACAGGCUUGAGAAGAAAUUUGGUCGUUCACCUGCAUUUGUAGCUUCCACACUUACAGAAAAUGUUACGAUUUCAAUGUUCGAUAGUUAUGCUUCAGCUUUGGAGGAAGCAUUGCAAGUUAUAAGUUGUGGUUAUGAGGACAAGACCGCAUGGGGAAAGGAGGUGGGCUGGAUUUAUGGAUCAGCAGCCGAGGAUGUGGUCACUGUCUUCAAGAUGCAUUGCCAUGGUUGGCGAUCUGUUUACUGCAUGCCAAGAAGGACAGCAUUUAAGAGUUCUAUUCCAACAGAUCUUUCAGAUUAUCUUCAUCUAGUUCUUCAGCAGGCGCGGGGAUCAGUUGAGAUUUUUCUCAGCAAGCAUUGUCCUAUUUGGUAUGGCUAUGGAGGUGGUAUGAAGUGUCUGCAGCGAUUAUCCUACAUAAGUUUGACUAUACAUGCUUGGACUGCUCUUCCCUUGAUUACUUACUGCAUUUUGCCUGCCUUCUGUCUUCUAACAGGAAAAUUUUUUAUCCCUGAGGUAUAGUUCAUCUUCUCAUUUGUAUUUUCUUCAGAUGCAAAACAAGCUAA